AUGAAGCAGUACAACCCAAAAAAGCCACAUAAGUGGGGAUACAAGAACUUGGUCUUGAGCGGCAGUUUUGGUUUCAGCUACGACUUUGAGCUAUACACAGGUGCUCAUGUUUCUGAAACGGUAGAUGGCAAUUUGCCGAACAUCAGCACUUCAAGCAAUGUCGUCGUCCGGCUUGCAAGAACUAUUCCACAGAACAUGAACUACCAACUUUUCUUUGACAAUUGGUAUACAUCACUGCCACUUUUAGUUUACUUAACAAAACAGGUUGAAAAAAUUUCAACCGUGGACAAUGUUGACAUAGCUGUGACAACGUGGUAUGACAACAGAGUUGUAAACUUGGUAUCAACCUACGUUGGUAGCAAACCCAUGACAGAAGUGAGACGCUAUAAUAAAAAAGAAAAAGUGUACAAAGCUAUCCCCUGUCCAAAGGCUGUCACGACAUACAACAGUCAUAUGGGAGGUGUGGAUCUCUUAGAUGCACUUCUUGGUUAUGACAGGAUCCAGAUCAGAUCACACAAAUUUAUUUUACUUUCCUUAGAACUCUACUGGUCAUCUGAUCCCGCUUUUAGAGUUGACGAAAUAGCUUCCACCAUGCCCUUGAGAAGAUUCAAACAAAUCUUACGAUGUUUGCAUUUGAAUGAUAAUUCUAAGAAUCCGGCGAGGUCUAGCCCCGCUUAUGACAAAUUGUAUAAAAUUCGACCUUUGGUGACACUUCUCAACAGGCUUUUUCAAGAAAACGCACACAAUUCUUCUUCACAGUCAAUAGACGAAUCGAUGAUUAUUUUCAAAGGGAGGUCUUCAUUGAAGCAAUAA